AUGAAUGUUUCGGAGCUUCGCGUUGUGUUCUUGCAUCGUAGAUAUUUGUACGGAGAAUCGCUCGGUCGUUCCAUCUUUAAAUUUUGGAAAAAGAAAACUGCCCUGAGUGAUGUGGAUGUGUCGCUCGAAUGUGUGCUUGAAAGCCUUGCGAAAUUUCGCCUUCGCUGGGGAAAAGUCAAGCUUGGUUUCUUCCUCAAUCCGAAGUUUGAGUUUUACGAUCGUGCGGUUGAACUACGUGUUGCAGUUGUUAAUCUUCUCCGUAACCACAUCCAGUUCAAGUAUCGCCGUGUCUUCUUCAACAUUCUUCCGAAAUGCAGAGAAGCAAAACUCGAAUCCCUGGCUAUUGGGGAUGUCCUAAGGUUUCUCCGGCGAUGCAUCCUGAGAGUCAUUCCUCCUGAAUUUUUUGGCUCUUCGAAGAAUUUAAAGCACUUCACUACGAAAGUUUUGCCGCUGUUUUUUGGCCAUCGCUGUGAUCAACUCUUGAUGUCGACGGUUUUUGGAGCGAUGGAAACCGAUGUAUUGAAUGAUGGAAGUUCUUCAGUUGAUGCUCCAUUUGGAAAAUCUUACGUCAUUUCCAUUGCUUGGCUAUUGCGUUCCUAUGUGAGCCCGUUGAUCUCCUCCUUUUUCUACGUCACGGAGACGUGCUCGUCUGAUAACCGUUUGCACGUUUUCUACAAAAAAGCGUAUUUGCGAGAAUGCUCUUCGGAGGUGAAGAGACUCGUAGAAAACGGCACCCUCGUCACUAGACAAGGCCCUUCGUGUUCCACCGCUCAUCAUAACGUUGCUUUGCGAUUCUUGCGAAAGCCUGAUGGUUCUUGGCGUCAAAUUUGUGUUAUUUUGCGAGGCGACACUGGUACCCGAGCAAGAAUGCAACAAGUGCGGAAAAAGCUGAAUCCCGAACUGAAGAAGUGCGUUCAAGAUCUCGGUGAAAUGAGCUCCUGUUCAAUUUCCGAGAUCUACACAAAUUGGAUCAGCUGCGUCAACUUUGCUAAGGCGCUUGGGAAACCUCUUUUCUUCGCCAAAAUUGACGUGUCAAGUGCGUAUCCGAAUAUAGAUCACGAACUUCUACGUGAAAUCCUGGUAUCCGUUUUGGACCAGAAAAAAAUCGCUGUAUCUGUGGUCGAGAAUUCGCGACGUGCACGUGUCAAAUGGCGAAAGCAGUGGUACAGUUUGGAGCAUGGUGUGCCUCAGGGCUCGUUUCCUACCUCGUCCAUGUUGUGCGAAAUUUACUACACUUCCUUGUUUCGGACCAUGUUCGAGAACUUCACCUCAACGCGAAGGAUGGAUGGAGAAAUGUUUGGACGGUAUCACGACGAUGUGCUGUUCGCAUCGACGGAUUCUGCACGAGUCGAGCGGUUUUUACUGGAUGCGACGACGUCUGAAGGCUGCAAAGGGAAUGUUUGCUUCCAGAAGAGAAAAACCGUGACCAACAUAACUGGAUGGUUUCAGCAAAAUGAUGAGAUGGGUUCAGUCGCCAAAACUCCGACAUUUUUUUUCUGUGGGUCAAUUUUGAAUCCCGCUGUUCCAGUCAUUCUCCCGAAAUUCUUCAGAAGUCCGUUGGUUUUCGUUCGAUGUCCAUUGUUCUCAGAGUUGACCCCGACCACUACUUUUUUGCCGGAUGAAGAAAUUGUGCAGAGGUUUUUAUCCUCACGCAAAGUGAUGCUCUCCCAGUUACGUUGGUUGUGGAAUUUGAAAGAUCUCGAACGGCGAAUGCAGGUGAUCGUGCUAAGGCAAGCUUUUUACCGGGGAUUCCUGAGCUUCAAAAGAAUAGUGACGAAAACCAGCGCUAUAUGUUUCGGGUCACAUUCCAUCAUUUGGGAAAAAUAUCCCGAAUUGCUUGCAAAGCACUUCGAAGUCCUCAUCCGCGCGUGUAUUCGUUUAUACCGUAAGUAUGGAAGUAGUGUCCACGGGACGCUGUCUCAUCAUGCCGUUAUAGGGAUUGCCCUGGAAAUGUGUUUUUCGGCCUUGAAAGAAAAUUACAAUGAGCGGGUCGUUCCUGUCGUUAAAGCGCUUCGGGAUAUUGUUGUUAGCAUAUGGACUAAACCUGCCAAAGGGAAAAAGCCAGAAAUCUCGAAAAGAGUCAGGCGAAUGCUACGUUUAAGAAGAACAGCCACAGAUACAGCGAGGAAAGUUAGAGUUGGAAAGCAAUCUGAAGGACACAUGAAUGAAGUUCAGUCGGAUUGUGUGAGGAAGCUGAAAAGUUUGAAAGAUGUCGGCAAACACUUGAAUGGCAAGCGUCACAUGAAGCGGUAUGAAGAACUUUCCAAUCGAAGUGUGGCAGCAAUUCCACUAGAACCGAAAUGUGAUGAUCUUGCGUUGGAAUCAGUUAUUAUGAAGUUCUAUAAUGGAAUGCGGGCGUCGACUGAAGACGCAUUGCGUUACUCGGAAGCCGCAGCCAAAAUCAUCAAUUUGGUCCGUUUGAGUACGCCAACCUUCAAGAAGUCUCUAAUUCGCGUUGAAGAUUUGGCGAAUGACUUCUGGCCAAACAAGUUAACAGUCAGCUUUGUCGUCAUUCUUUUAAAAGUGAAAGAGAAGAAUGACGUCUCAAAUUUCGCCGACUGUACCCUACGGGUGGUCAUGGAAAAUGAGGACUACGUGAUUGACAGUGAUGGAGUGUUGUAUUCAAGUUACCUGAUCGCCCGUGUUCUGUGGAAAUUGAGUGUCACGGAUGAUGCUUGGAAAAGGUUGUCAACUUGGCUGUGUGAAGUUUUGGUUAUCUGGGGUUUGAAACGUGCUGAUACGACGUUGCGUUGUGGAGCAGGUUUGAGGCGGGUAUUGCACUAUAUUGCUGUCAGGCUAAAGGAUGAUGUUCAGCUCAAGGACCCUGUCAGUUCAAAGCCUUUGUUCACAGACGUAGCGUAUCGUGAACGAUUGUCUGCUUCUGCGCAGCGUGAUAAUAUCGUGAAAUUAAAUAUGUCGGAGAAUGAAGAUCCGGGGAAAAUGCAUAAAUUGAGUGACUUCGCGAUAGGCAGACCCCUGGGGCGCGGUCGAUUCGGUCGUGUGUACCUAGCUCUUCACAAGAAGACGGAAAUCGUUCUAGCCAUAAAGAUGCUGUCGAUGAACGAACUUGUGAAAAAUUACAUGGAGACCCAAGUGCUUCGUGAGAUCGAGAUUCACAACCAGCUGCAGCAUCCGAACAUCGUGGAAUUCCUGGGUUAUUUCACCGAAAAGCGGCGUAUAUUUCUGAUGUUCGACUUCUGCGUGAACGGGGAAUUGUAUAAAUUCGUCCAGAAACAACCCGGGAGAGUGCUGGAUGUGCGAAGGACCGCGACUUACAUGUUCCAAGCCGCUGAUGCGCUCGUUUAUGCUCAUAAGAAAGGCGUGAUCCAUAGGGAUAUAAAGCCCGAAAACAUGUUGCUGGGCUACUGGGAGGACGUGAAGCUCAGUGACUUUGGCUGGGGAAUCCAUCAUCCGAAAGGCAAAAGAAAAACUGUCUGUGGUACCUUGGAUUAUCUCCCGCAAGAAAUCGUCUUGAAAACGACCUAUUCGGAAAAGGCGGAUGAGUGGUGUCUUGGAAUUUUGUGCUACGAGCUUCUCCACGGGUCACCGCCUUUCGAAAGUGAGAACGAACUCAGAACAAAGGAACGUAUUUUGCGCCUCGAUUAUUCGUUCCCGAAGUCGAUGAAUCCUCAAGCUCAAAACAUGAUCAAGAAAUUGCUGGUACCUCAAGACAAGCGUAUCACGGUCCGAGACAUCAUUGACCAUCCUUUCGUUCGCCAAAACGUGGACACGAAGUAUUUUCAACCAGGCGACCCGCGAUUGAAGCACUUUCAAGACAACCAUUGAACACUUCGUAUCUUUAAGAACUCGAGCGACUCUUUCGUCCUAUUCUUUCUACAAAUUUGUAAAUUUUUUGCGUGACUGAAGUGCUUUUCAUGUCCUACAUUGAUGCGGCUUUUGUACUUUCUGUAGGUUUUUGCAACGUUGAAAUACGAACAAAUCCCUUCUUCCAUUGCUUCAAUCAUUAUUCGUUGUUUUUGUUGCGUGAAUGAUUCUCACCCUGUAUUUUUAUUGGUAUUCAAGUCGAGUGGCCAUGGAAGUGAUAUCCCCGGAAGGCCUUCGGAACGACGGGAGACGACCACAUGAGCUGAGACGAUUCGUGGGCAAACUUUGCGUGAGUGCAGAAGCAAAUGGCAGUGCUUACGUCGAAAUGGGGAAUUCGAAAAUUCUCGUCGCUGUUUAUGGUCCUCGUGAGGUCCUCGGUGGUGCUGGGCGAUCAAAAAUCACCCAAGAAGAAGCCUGUGUGAAUUGUGAAGUCGCACUUUCCGAAUUCUGCUCCACAGAAAGGAAAGACAGUUCAAAAAAUGAUCGCCCGGCCGCGGAGAUUGCCUCAGCCAUCGAGGAGAUAUUUGAGAGCGCAAUACUCACUCAUCUGUAUCCAGAAUCUCAGAUAGAUAUUUUUAUCGAGGUUUUAGAAGCAGACGGAAGCCUCGUAGCAGCCGCCGUGAAUGCAUCGACACUCGCCGUGAUGCAAGCUGGCCUCCCGAUGCGGGAUUUCGUGUGUGCGUCUACGGUGUCGUUGGUGAACGACGAACCUGUUGUAGACCUCAACCACCUGGAGGAGCUUCUCGUUGGCUCCAUCCUGACUCUUGCUGUAAUGCCGACGAGAAAGUCUCGGAUUUUUCUUGACAUGUCGUCGCGGUUCCAUUUGACAAGCCUAGAAGUGGUCACGAAAGCUGCGGAAGAAGCGUGCGAGAAGGUUUACCUAGAAAUUCGAGACUUGCUCAGCAAGCUUGUCGAGUAUGUUGGGAGUCGAAUGAAGCCUGAGUCAUGAUGAUCAGCUGAAA